AUUUGGAGUUAAUCAGAUGGACCGUUUAGAUUUUGUUUACCAAACACUUGGUACUUCUUGCACCGGCAUCCCUUGCUCUACUGCUUUGUCAUCUUCGUGUCAAAGCCCCAAUCAUCUCCUUCUUCUUGAUUCGACUGUCCGACCCAGUCUCUGCUGCUCUCUUCCGGUUCCAGGUUGUUGCUGCUCGUCCCCAGUCGUCGUCGAUCGACGGGGCUCCGAGGAUUCACCACGUUCAAGUCCAAGGUUGCAGUAUGGCAUCGGAGGCUUUCGCUUUUGGACCUUACAAGAUCGACCCUGCGGAAGUAUUUUACACCUCCUCCCUGUCCUUUGCCAUGGUCAAUUUGCGUCCUGUUCUUCCCGGUCAUGUGCUCAUCUGCCCAAGACGGGAAGUAAAGCGCUUUGUUGAUCUUAGUGCUGAUGAGACUACUGAUCUAUGGCUUACUGCAAAGAAAGUUGGUGGUCAGUUGGAACACUACCACAAAGCAUCAUCUCUGACUUUUACAAUUCAAGAUGGGCCGCAAGCUGGACAGACUGUGCCCCAUGUUCACAUUCAUAUUCUCCCUCGCAAGGCUGGUGAUUUUAAGGAGAAUGAUGAGAUCUAUGAUGCUAUAGAUGAGAAGGAGAAGGAACUGAAGCAAAAGCUCAACUUAGAUAAGGAAAGAAAAGAUCGGAGCUUUGAGGAAUUGGCCCAGGAAGCAGGGGAAUACAGAAAGCUUUUCCUAUGAGACGGGCACUUGGAUCGGGCAGGAUGGCUUGUUGUCUCAGUCGAUGCUUAUCCUUGUGAACGAUCCGCCAUUAGUUUUAAGGUGCAUGCAUUAUUGUCACUCAACUGGAAGGAACAUUCAUUUGCUUGCUAUUUGGCUUAAAAUGUUUUCUGAAUGAUUUUAGCAAUUUGGGAAGGUGAUGUAACUAGUCGCAGCAAUUAUGAAAUAGCUGAUUAUACUUGUAUGAAUAGAUGUUCUUAAUCUUAUCUUUGAAACCA